CCGCGAAAAUAUCUCAGAAACCGCUUUGAUAGCGUUCGUGUGCGAUAGUUUUUUUAAGUAAUAUGUGUAUUCCCUAUGUCUCUUGUCAGAUCGUGUUGGCUGUAGUGUUGGUGUUGGUAUCAUGCCUGACUGUGACGGAAGGAGAUUAUAUCAGGACCAGGCGAGAUCCCUUGGCCAGCUACAGUUCUCCUCGUCAGUCUUACGGACCGCCCAAGCCUCGUUAUGGACCUCCCCCGAAAUCAGUGUAUGGUCCUCCCAAGCCUAAAUAUGGACCACCAAAAAUGCGCUACGGCCCACCAAAAUCUUCUUAUGGUAUUCCAAAACCUAUUUAUGGCGCUCCUAAGCCGGUGUACGGUCCUCCUAAGCGUAAAUACUCAAACCCACCUCAAGCCAAUUUUGGCUACCAGUACAGCCCUCCUCGGAAGCACCACUCUAAGUAUCACAACUCAAUAAAAUCCAGUUAUGGACCACCUAAGCCUGGAUACGGUCCUCCUUCGACUAGUUAUGGAGUCCCCUACAGAAAAAAGCCUCUUUACUCAAUCCCAGACACUUACAAUUCCCAGGUGAACACUUACGACGCUCCGAUCAGUAUUUCUGAUAACUACGGACCUCCUAGUACAUACAGUAGUUACACUCAGUCUCCAUUGUACGGAGCUCCUGCCAAACCUUCCGCAGCCUAUGGGACACCGUCUUCUUCGUAUGGUAGCCCUAUUUCAUCUCAAUCUUCAGCCUUUAACUCAUAUGCCAAAAAACCAUCAGUAUCUUUCCCGGUCCCAUCAACAACUUACGGUAUUCCAUCACCGACUUACGGUGCCCCCAAAGCACCAUCUAUAUUGGGUUCAUCUUCUUCCAACCACCCAGUGGCCACCUCCUAUAUCAAUGUUUACAAAGGCAACCAAAACAAUCCCUCCUCCUCCCAAGUGCAAACAGACAACUACGGAGCUCCUACCAAGGGAGUGUAUGAUACACUAUCCUCUUCUACGAACCAACAACUCUACCAUUCCAUAGCUCAAAACCACUACCAGCAGCAGAAUGAAGAGGCUACCAGAGAGGAUGACAUAAUAACAUCCGCUUCACAGAACGCCAAUAUCUUCAACAUGCAAAAGAACCAAGAAGAGAAAACCAGAGAUCAGUCUGCAAAACUGUCUACAUCAAUCAGAUUUCCAGGAGGUGAAGAAAAUGAAGAAACUUCACAAGAUGAAACACAAAAUACUCAAGCACAAGGAAGUUCAAACCAAUUUGGAUCGUUCCAACCACCGAGUCAGACAUUUGGAUUUGUCCCUUACGAUAACGAGUUGAAGAAGAAGGACGGUCAAAGGGAAGGAUUCAGUAUAACUCCAUCUCAAGGCUACUAUGCUGGAUCUUCAGUGUCUUCUGGGGUUUUACCGGCCAACUACUACGAUGCGAUGAAUCAACAAAACUACGGCCGGCAGCAAGUAGAUGCUCAAUCUACCAAUGCUUCUAGGCGCAAAUCAGACGAAACCAAACAGCCAGUCCGGUUUCCAGAGAGCAGUAGCCAUAACAUGCAAUCCUAGAUUACCUCUCACUAUUUAUUUCCGCAUUUUGUAAAUAUUUAGGCUUAGGCUUGCAAACUUUUAUACUAAAUGUUAUUUAUUAGAUAGAUUAUUAUAUUGUGCUAUUUAAUUCUUAUUUAUGCAUUCUAUUUUCAUACAGGUUUUCUGUUGAAAACCUUUUGAAGAUUAAUCAUAAGACCUCUCUGAAACUCUGUUAGCCAAAUUUCUAAUGGAGUAUUCAGUUUAAUUUUUUGUAACUGUUGAACUUUUAACUGUAUCAUAAUUUUAUGAAGAAAUAUGCUGAAUCAUUUGCAUCUCAAAUAAUGAUUGAGUGAUGGAUAUUAGUUAAGUAGAUUAAGUCACAAGUCUAAUAUUUUACCUAAUUUUUCCUUGCUAUUUGACCACAACUUUGUGAAUGAUUUUAUAUUUUAAUUUAUGCUUGGAAAGCCACUUUGUUUAUACUUAAGUUUUAGCUUAAACUUAAUUUUGUGUCUGCCAAAGGAUGUGGAGUAUGUAAUACAAAGGUUAAGCUAAAGUCGAAUAUAAAAAUUGCAGAUACUUAUGAUUGCAGCUCGCAGCAUACUUAAUAAUAUAAACUUUGUAUCAUAUCUUGAUGGCCAGGAUCAGUUGAGUCAGUGAGUAGUAUGUUCUGUUCUUGACAAUAAUAAUUCUAUCAUGCAAUGACUCAUCUACUUACUCCAUUAUCUUAUACUACCUCCUGUAUAUAGCAAUAUAGGCAUUGUUUCUAAUAUUGUCUUUUUGUUAUUUUUAUAUUGCUUUGUUGUUACUGUAAUUUGUUUUUAACAAAUUGUGACAAAUUACAUUAAUUUUAAAAGAAA